UGUCAGAUGGAGAAGUAACCUGACAUCGUCCUCUCAUCACACAACAGCAACGCACCAAAAAUGAUGUGGGUAGAUCAACUGCUUUUUUAAAACAUUUUUUUUUAAUUAUCAUGAUUACACUUGCCUUAGAGCUGCAGGUCUUCAAGUCACAUUUGAGCUGUGGAAACGGGUUGCUUGAGAACAAGACGCCCUUCGUCGACUUGUUAUUGUGAGAUAUAUUAUGGAAAUCAGCCGGUUUACGGCCCACAGUCCCGGGAUGAGGCUCUUGGCUCAGAAACACUCCCUCCUUCUCAACUGACAACUCCGUCCUUCUCUUCAUCACAACUCAUGAUUUCACCCAACAUGAACAUCGAUUUCUACUGACGCUGGUUCCUGCUGUGUGUGCCUGUGUCCGCCAUGGAGACCACCCAGGUGACCUUAGCUGUCAGAGGCGAAACGUCCUCAGGUGAGGUGAUUGCAGUUGUUGGCAGCUGCGAAGCCCUGGGAAGCUGGAGCUAUCAGAAUGCCGUGAUUUUGCUCCCUGAUGGGGGCGAUGAAAAAAUAUGGACUACAACGAUCUCCAUGCCUAAAGGAGUUGUGUCCAAGUAUCGCUAUCUCAAAGGUUUCUUUCUGCAGUCAAAGAACGCAGGGGGUCCCCGUCAAGUGCUAGUCAAUAUGUGGGAGACCCAUCAACAGCCCCGCAUGAUGAGCCCCACAGCGUCACACCAAAAUAUUGAUGAUGGACAUUUUGGAAUUCACAAUGGGGUGAAUUGUGUUGACUCUGGGUGGCUCACGUGCCAGACAGAGAUUCGCCUGCGUCUGCACUAUUCGAAGACGUCUCCGGUGUCUAUCACCAAGAAGAAAUACAAGAAGUCUCGCUUUAGAAUCAAGCUGACAUUAGAGGGAUUUGAGGAGGAAGACGAGGAGGAGGAAGAGCAAGAAGAGCACAGUCCUUCAUCUCUGCACAAGGAGACCACCACUCUGGAGAUCAGUAUGAUCAGUGCAAACGGCUACAAGUCGCGCCACUCUCAGCCUGAAUGUGGCUACGCGCUGGAGCCCUCCCAGUGGACCGAGUACAGCAUCCACAGCAUGGACCCGUACAACCUGGAGCUCACCUUCGAGUUCUUUGAGGAGGAUAUGGGUGAGCACGUGGUCCAGGGGGACGGUCUCCCGGGUUACGUGGGCACAGCUUGCCUUCUCUCCUCCUCCUUCUCGGAGAGUGGGAAGGACUACGGAGUGGCCACGCUGCCCAUAAUGGGCCGAAAUUCCAGACAGACCAUCGGGAAAGUGCGAGUGGACUACCUGGUGAUCCGGCCCAUCCAGGGUUACCAGUGUGAGAUGAGCUCCUCCUUCACCAAGUACUGGAAGAAAAGAAGCACUCUGAAUGUGGGCCACAGAGGAGCCGGCAGCACACAUGCAGCCAGGCACCAGAGAGUCAGGGAGAACACAAUAGCUUCAUUCAAAAGCGCUGCCAAGCAUGGUGCGGCCUACGUAGAGUUUGAUGUUCACCUCUCCAAGGAUGCUGUUCCCAUCGUAUACCACGAUCUGACGUGCUGCAUAUCCACCAAGAAGAAGAACGACAAGACGUCUCUGGAGCUUAUCGAGGUGCCGGUCAAAGACCUGACUUUUGAUCAGCUGCAACUUCUGAAGCUGGUCCAUGCCACUGCAAUAAAAGAAACUGAUAACAAAGAUCUGCUGGAUGACGAGGAGGAAAUCGAUGAGCAUCAACCUUUCCCUUCACUCUCACAGAUCUUCCAGGCUAUUCCUGAGCAUGUGGGCUUCAACAUUGAGCUCAAAUGGAUCUGCCAGUUGAAGGACGGCUCAUGGGAUGGCAACCUGUCCUCCUACUUCAACAUGAACACCUAUCUCGACAUCAUCCUGUCCUGCGUUCUGCAGAAAGGAGGAAAGAGACGCAUCGUCUUCUCCUGCUUCGACCCGGACAUCUGCACCAUGGUGCGUCAGAAGCAGAACAAGUACCCCAUCCUCUUCCUGAGUCAGGGCAUCACAGACAAGUAUACGGACCUGAUGGACAUCCGCUGCCAGUCCACUCAGAUCGCCAUUAGUUUUGCCCAGAGCGAGAAUAUUCUGGGCAUCAGUGGCCACACGGAGGAGCUGCUGAAGAACCGCUCCUACAUCGCGGACGCCCAGUCCAAAGGCCUGGUGGUGUUCAGCUGGGGAGAUGACAACAACGAGCACGAGAACCGGAGGAGGCUGAGGGAGCAGGGCAUCGACGGCCUCAUCUAUGAUAGUAUCUGUGAGGAGUUCGGAGAGCAGCAGAACUUCUUCCAGGUAGAGGAGCAGCACACCCUGCAGGAGGUCAUCACAGAGGAGACCCGCAACAGCUCCAGCUGCUCCUGCUACUCCAUCCCCUGCUCCACGGCUUCCUGCGUUGCCUCCGAGGAACGCGCCGGCAGCGUGGAGUCCGACUCCGGCCUCAGCUCCUCAUGACUGACCCCCAACUCCCACGGAUGACGUGUUGGAGGAGCGAGGUGGGAACGGAUGGUCCAACAGAAUCAUGUCGGUUUGAAGAUCGUUACAAGACUUCAGCUUUCUUAAACUCUUAAUCACUCUGAAGAACUUGCUCACAGGAGAAGAAAAUCACUUCCUGCACUCUAAUCGAUUACAACAUCCGUCUAUAGUCUCGCAUCUUUACACAAGUUUUUAUUUGUACUUUUUUUAUCGGGGAAACAUGUGCAUGUUUUGCCAAACCGUAAAGGCAGCCAUGUUCAUGUACAAUAGGGGUGAAUUAUUGGUCACAUUGCGUGAUAUUUGGCUUACGUUGCAUCAUUUUACAAUUCUCAAAUUGAAUGCGUUUGAUAUUUUACGGGUGUAAAAGUCUAACUGGAAAUACAUUGCAUUAGGCUUCUUUUUGUUUCACUUUCUGCUGUUUUCAUAUUUCAUGUGCAUGUAGCCAUUACCUUGAAUGUUAUUCUCAUUGUCUCAAAUAGCAAUGAUUAAAAGCACCUGAUUGCUAUUUUGGGUUCAGCACAGAGAUAAUUUGGGGAGGUGCAGGUUGCCAUUAAGAAAUGCCCGUGUGAGGGGUUUAUUUAAUUUAGAGUGGAAGCACUUCCUUGUCCUUUACAUGCUGCAUACUGAAUGUGCUAUGUUCUUUGUUCUUAUAUCUACUUGAUUUGAGGAAGUAGAAGAAUGUUUUAUUCAACAGCGUGCACACAGUACAUACCACAGCCUUAUUGGGGGGGGGGGGGGGGGGGGAUAAAGCAGGUUUGUUUGUUUUUUAAAACCACCAAUACCUCACUCAUCUUCGAUUAGAAUAGAGUUGAGAUGUGUGUACAGAAUGAACACGUAUAUCCUUCUCUCCUACGAAUCCCGUUUAACUCGUGCUUUUUAUUGCAUGAAGGUCGUCAGCACGAUACGCUCGAAACACUUCAUUUGAAUCUUAACAUGAUGUAUUUAUAUGAUGCAAUGGGAAUGCUGUAUGUUGUUCAGAGCAAAACCAAUCCAUGUAUUGCAUACUGCUUGUGUGUAUCUGUCACAUCACACAAUCUCUUAACUCCAAAUUGUAAUGUUUGAGUCAUGCAUGGCCUCGGUAUAUGUGUGAAUCUGGCGAAUAAUGUAAACUGCCCGUCAGGACAGAAAAGUUAUUGUAAAUAAAAUCAAAACCUAUAUUUGUUUA